AUGGUUUCCAACACCAGCUGGCGCACGUUCGCGCUAUUCAUCGCAACCAUCGCACCGCUUGCGACAGCCGACAUCUGCUCAACCCUUGCGCAAGGCGGCAUCUCAAUUGAAUACCCCUUGACGUUGGAAUAUACUACCGUUUUGUCAGAUUACUGGUCCACAGCAUGUGGAGAUCUCACACCGACAUGCAUUGCGGCGCCAUCCAGUGCAGCUGAGAUGUCCCAGAUCAUCACAAAGCUUCACGAUGUUGAGACAUUAUUUGCUGUCAAGUCUGGUGGACAUAUGCCAAAUAAUGGAUUCGCUAGUAUUGAAGGUGGAUUGUUGAUUUCCACAAAAAAUUUGGAUCAGGUAAAUUAUAACGAAAAUGACCAGACUGCUGUUAUUGGACCUGGUCUUUCAUGGGAAGAAGCGCAGAAGGGAUUGGACGGCACAGGACGGGCCGUUGUGGGAGGGCGCCUGGGCGGUGUUGGAAUCGGAGGGUAUAUGCUCGGAGGGGGAAUGAGCUUUUUGAGUACCCAGUAUGGAUGGGCUGCCAACAACGUGAAGAACUAUCAAGUUGUUUUGGCAAAUGGGACGAUUGUUGACGCCAAUGAGGAUGAGAACUCCAACCUCUUUGCAUCACUUAAGGGAGGAGGCAACAACCUCGGUGUUGUCACGGCCUAUACCAUGGAGACACAUCCUAUUGGACAGGUCUGGGGUGGUAACUGGAUUUUCACCGAGGACAAGACACCCCAAGUUCUAACAGCACUACGUAACUUUGUGGAUGACUACCCUGAUGACAAGGCGGCUAUAAUCUUGACUGCGGAGCAUGGUGUGGUUGGACUAGUGGACUUCUGGAUUAUGUUCCUUUUCUAUGAUGGACCCGAGCCCCCAGCCGGUGUUUUCGACGAGUUCGAUGCCAUUGAUCAUGUGUCUACCACAAAGACAUGGGACUCAUACUAUGAUUUGCUGGUGAAUAACGACCAGUUCAUUCUUCACGGCCAACGCUAUACCAUCGCGACGGAAUCGACACCCGUGCCAAACUCCACGGUUGGUCUUGAUGUGAUGCAGGGUUAUUUUGACCACUGGUACAAUGUGACUGAGUCUGUUCUCGGCGUCACUGGUGUGAUUGGGUCGAUUGCUUUCCAGCCAGUUCCCACGGCAUUUACGAAGAAAGCCAAAGAGCGUGGGGGAGUAAGAUUCCCAGAUCUCAAUUUCAAUAUGAACAUGAAAAUCGCGGAGGCUAACGGACAAAAGGAUCUCCUCGAUAUCCCCGAUGACCAAAAUUACAUUUUCUUUGAAUUCGAUUUCUCUCACUCGCUUGCGAUCGACGACGAAACGAUCGAUGCUGCCACUCAAAAUGUGUACCAAGGGAUGGGUAACCUCGUUCAACAAAACAUUGACGAGGGCCUUUUGCCGGAUGUGUACCGACCCCUUUUUAUGAAUGACGCUUAUUAUCGUCAGGACUAUUGGGCGCGUAUCAGCCCAGCUUCAAAAGCACUUGCGCUGAAGACUCGUCUUAAUGUUGAUCCUGAUGGAUUCUUCCAGACGCGAACCAGCGGUGGUUGGCGACUCUCGGAGUAA